AAGGAUAGAGGUAAAUUAACAUCUAUAAGAAGACAAGAGUAACGGGUUAAUGUGACUGAACCAUAGCUGAAGGGCUGUUAGUUCCAGGAGGGUCAUGGACUUAAAGAGAAGGAGAGAGGUUCUCCCCCGAGUGAGAUGGCUCUUCCUUGACGUGUGAGGAUGACUUGCCAUUGGUGAGCUGGCAGGGCAUCUUGUGACUCUUUUUGACCAAGAGAAGAGGAAGAAGUAGUGAAUGACAGACACAAAGCCACUGCGGUCUGGACUUUUUUUUUGUUUUUCCAGAGUUCCCAGCUGUGACAGUCCUGAACGACAACAAGAUUGGAAAACAACUACAUACCUAAAUAAAGUUAAGGGAGCAGAGCGUGCUGCCCGAGGAAAACUCAUUACCACAGCUUCUGUCAACUGCUUUCACUGAGUUAACAAAAAUUCAGUCAGUUGGGUUUGAAGACUUGUUUGAGACACGUAGGAGACGCUCAACUGGUUGUUGGAGUAGCGUCCACAGCUGUGGAGGAAAGCCGGCAUGGAUGGUGGGUUCUUUUUGCGCUCGGAGGCUAUGGGAGCCAUGCGGACAGUGAUGGUGUCUGCCGAGAACUUGCAGCUCAGUCUGAAGACUGAACCCAGUCAAGAAGAACAGGCCCUCACACAGAACAACAAGAGUCCAAAGGAGACAGACAAAAUCGGGAAUGAAGACCUUAAAGAGAUGUUGGAGAGCAACAAGGAGUCGCUCAAACUGGAGGCCAUGAAGAGGAUUGUUGGGCUCAUCGCCAAAGGGAAAAAUGCAUCGGAGCUGUUUCCAGCUGUUGUGAAGAACGUCGCGAACAAGAACAUAGAGCUUAAGAAACUCGUAUACGUCUACCUGGUGAGGUAUGCAGAGGAGCAGCAGGACCUGGCUUUGCUGUCCAUCAGCACCUUCCAGCGGGCCCUGAAGGACCCAAACCAGUUCAUCCGGGCCAGUGCGCUGAGGGUUUUGUCCAGUAUCCGUGUCCCCAUAAUUGUUCCCAUCAUGAUGCUGGCCAUCAAGGAAUCUGCAGCUGACCUUUCCCCGUAUGUCAGGAAGACCUCAGCCCAUGCUAUCCAGAAGCUCUAUAGCCUGGAUCCAGACCAGAAGGAGCAGUUGAUUGAAGUGAUCGAGAAACUGUUGAAAGAUAAAAGCACACUGGUGGCCGGCAGUGUGGUGAUGGCCUUCGAAGACGUUUGUCCCGAUCGCAUAGACCUGAUCCAUAAGAACUACAGGAAGCUUUGUAACCUGCUGGUGGAUGUGGAAGAGUGGGGCCAGGUGGUCAUCAUCUCUAUGCUGACCCGCUACGCCAGAACCCAGUUUGUCAGUCCCUGGAAGGAGGGCGCCAUGUUCGAUGAGAACAAUGACAAGGCUUUCUACGAAUCUGACUCUGAGGAGAAAAAAGACCCGACGGAGGACAAACCUUACAUCAUGGAUCCAGACCACAGACUGCUGCUCAGGAACACCAAACCUCUGCUGCAGAGCAGGAACACUGCUGUUGUGAUGUCCGUUGCUCAGCUUUACUGGCAUCUGGCCCCUAAACAUGAAGUUAGCGUCGUCACCAAGUCACUGGUUCGACUUCUAAGAAGCCACAGAGAAGUGCAGUACAUUGUUCUUCAGAACAUCGCCACCAUGUCCAUUCAGAGAAAGGGGAUGUUUGAGCCCUCCAUGAAGAGUUUCUAUGUCCGAUCUACAGAUGCCACACAUAUUAAGACAUUGAAGUUGGAGAUCCUGACCAACCUUGCCAAUGAAGCCAACAUCUCCACUAUUUUGAGGGAGUUCCAGACGUAUGUGAAGAGUCAGGACAAGGCGUUUGCAGCAGCCACCAUUCAGGCCAUUGGCAGGUGUGCCACCAACAUCUCUGAGGUGGCAGACACCUGCCUCAAUGGUCUGGUUCUGCUCCUUUCCAACAGAGAUGAGACCGUGGUGGCUGAGAGUGUGGUGGUCAUCAAGAAGUUGCUUCAGACUCAGCCCACCCAGCACAGCGAGAUCAUCAAACACAUGGCCAAGCUCUUCGACAACAUCACUGUCCCCAUGGCCCGAGCCAGCAUCCUGUGGCUGAUGGGAGAGUACUGCGAGAAGGUGCCAAAGAUCGCACCCGACGUUCUUCGUAAGAUGGCGAAGAGUUUCACUGUGGAGGAGGACAUUGUCAAGCUGCAGAUAGUCAACCUGGCAGCCAAACUCUACUUGACCAACUCUAAACAGACCAAGUUGCUGACCCAGUACAUCCUGAACCUUGGCAAAUACGACCAGAACUACGACAUCCGAGACCGAACGCGCUUCAUCAGGCAACUCAUAGUCCCCAGCGAGAAGAGCGGCGCCCUCAACAAAUAUGCACGACGCAUCCUUCUUGCCCCCAAACCUGCUCCGGUUCUUGAAUCUGCCUUCAAAGAUCGAGAUCGUUACCAACUGGGCACCCUCUCUCACAGUCUCAAUACUAAAGCCAGUGGAUACCAGGAGCUCCCGGACUGGCCGGCUGCGGCUCCUGACCAGUCUGUGAGGAACGUGGAGAUCAUUGAGCCAGUGAAAGAAUGGGCACCAUCAGUUGGGAAGGCCAAAAAACCCAAAUCUGGUGACAAGUUCUACUCGGAUGAAGAAGAUGAGAAAGAAGAGGAAGGGUCUGAUAGCAGUGGCAGUGAGGACAGCAGCAGCAGCAGCAGCAGUGAAGAGUCUGGCAGUGAGAGUGAGGAGGAAAGCAGUGAAACAUCAGAAAAGACCUCCAGUGAUUCUGGAAAGAGUUCAACUGGAUCAGAGGGGAGCUCCAGUGACUCGGUACAAAACAAGAAGAAAAAGAAGACCAAGAAGGUGGUGAAGAAGAAGAGCAAGCCAGCUGCUGCCGACAGUGAUUCGGAUGAGAAUGGCAACGGACCUGUAGCCAGUUCGAGCAGCUCGUCGGCCGAAAGCUCCUCCGUCUCAGAAACAGACUCUGAAGGCGACUCUGAUUCCGACUCCCCCGCGGCGCAAAAGAAGAAGAAUAACGAGAAGUCCAAACCCAAGGUGGAAGUGAAGUCCAAGAAGGAAGUCUCACUGUUGGAUCUAGACGACUUUUCAGUUUCUCCAGCACCUCAGAGCAACACCCCAAAGUCUGCAGUCCUGUCCUCGAGCCUGCUGUCAGACCUCGAAGGCCUGUCUCUCUCCAACGUCUCCCCCACCAUACAGGUCACCACUCCAUCCUUUGGCCCCAUGAUAACCCACGAGCUGCUUCACCACAUGACGGGAAAAGGCCUCUCGGCCAAGUAUCACUUCCCGAGGCAGCCGUGCUUGUACCAGCCCAGUAUGGUGGCGGUGCAGGUCAUACUGACCAACAGCUCGGAUCACGCCUUGGAGGAGAUCCACGUUGGCGAGCGAAACCCUGCAAGCCUAAACAUCCACUGCUUUAACACCAUCGAGCGGCUGGAGCCAGAGGCCUCAGUGACAGUUUCCAUGGGUAUUGACUUCAGCGACUCGACACAAGCAGCCAACUUCCAGUUGUGCACCAAGGAGGACGGGUUCAGUGUGUCCAUCCAGCCGGCCGUAGGAGAGCUGUUGAUGCCCAGUACCAUGACAGAACAGGACUUCUGCAAGGAGCAAGGUAAGCUCCUGGGUAUGAAUGAGAUCUCGAAAACCAUCACCAUGGCAACAGCAAACACCUCCAGCCAGGCCAUCAGCAAGCAGGUCCUGUCUGUGGCCAAUUUAGGGGUGGUUUCAUCGAGCCAGAGCAACUUCCACAGGUUUGCCGGGCGGACGGUCAGCAGUGGAGAUCUGGUCCUGGUGUCGCUGGAGGUGAAGGAGUCUUGCUCUGCUCUGCUCACCAUCAACACAGAAAAGAGCGUCAUGGCGUCCAUGUUGCUCCGAGACCUGAAACAAGCGCUGGCCCAGGCGUAGAGUGCCAGCACAGAAUAUGUGAGAAGGAGAACGCCGUUGGCCACACUGCACACAGAUCCACAGGCCAGAUUUCAGCCCACGUUUAAUGUCUUCACAAAUGGAGAUCCUUCUCUGAGACGCUUCAAGCCUCAGCUUCUCACUUUGUGUUGACGUUAUUUGCCAAGAAGAAGCAGUGCCAUUUCAAUCCCAGUGACACUCUUGUCAGAAAUGUGCAAAGCUUUAGAGUCUUUAGUCGCGCCAAACUAGUCUCUGUGCCUGAUUUACUUUACAAUUUCAACCUUUAAACUUCCCCAGAAUCAUAUUUUGUGAAAGUGCCUUCUACGUGAAAAUAAUGUUAGAAUACAAAAAACAUAUACAUUAGACUAUAAUCAGGUCUUUUUUUUUUUAUCUGUGUUACUGUUGCUGAAUAAUAAAAAAGUGAAAUUAAUAAUCGUCUGCUUAAAUCUACGCCUGCUUAAAUCUACAAUAUUUGAAUCACAUUAAACGGCCUUUUCUAUUGCAAACUGAGGUUUGUAGGACACUGAAGUUACACAGUAACACUUGUUUAUUAACGGAUACAAAGCGGCAGUUGAGGAACAACUCCUGCGUGCCGUGGGUUGGUCAAGACCCUGGUCAAGAUGGGGCCGGACUAGACGGCCAUUGGCCCAAAAGUGGGGGAAAAACAACAACAACUGUUCUGUAGUGGGUGGACAAUAUGACCUUAAAAUUAUAUCAUGAUGAUAUUUCACUGAAUUUCAAAGUAAAAGUGCUUGUUUUGACAUGGAACUGUGUAUUGUCCCACAAUAAUACCAUUUUUAUAAUCAAAUCAACUCAAUAAUAAUGUGCACAACUGUUAAAACACCCAACAACCUCAAAUGGUUCACUGUUCAAAAGGAAGAGGAGGUCACGUUUUCAUUAUAACAAGACAUUAAUUGGGGGGGCCACAUGUGGCCCACGGGCCACCAGUUUGACACCUCUGCUGUAUAUUAUUCCUCCACUAUACAUUUCAUUGUUGCUUUCAAACCAAAUGGGAGCAGUGUCAGCGGCUCAUGGUCCAGAUUAGUUCCUGUGUGGUUAAAUGAGGGUUUUCAUAGUGUGCAACAAAUCCAAAGUAAACAUAAUAAAAUAAUAUACAGUACAAGUAAAACAUGUUCUACAAAUCAAUUUCCCCCAUUUGAAGAGAAGCAAAUAAACUGCUCAUGUCUGAAUAAACCACAAAUAAUAUA